AUGGCUGAGGCAUCAGGAGCUAAUGGCAAUCAUGGGGUGGCUUUGGACGUUAAAGAUGAGGAUUUGAGUCACAAAGAUGUGAAGAACGCCGAAUCCAAAACCAUUUCUGAUACUUCCGGCUUCCUUUUCACCGUCCCUUUUAUGCAAAAGCUUGUAGCAGAGAUAGCAGGUACAUAUUACUUGAUAUUUGCCGGUGUCGGUUCGGUGGUGAUUAAUGCAGCAAGGGACAAUAUAAUUACGUUUCCGGGGACAUCAGUUGUGUGGGGGCUGGCGGCGAUGGUGGUUGUUUACUCAGUUGGCCACAUCUCCGGUGCACAUUUAAAUCCAGCUAUAACCAUUGCUUUUGCCACCUGCAAAAGGUUCCCAUGGAAACAGGUACCAGCCUACAUCUCAGCUCAAGUCCUUGGAUCAACUCUGGCAAGUGGAACUCUAAGAUUACUAUUCCAAGAUCACUUUGCAGGGCCACUCCCCCAUGGAAGUGAUGUGCAAUCUCUAGCUUUGGAAUUCAUAAUCACAUUUUACCUAAUGUUCGUCAUUUGUGGAGUUGCCACAGAUAAUCGAGCUAUUGGAGAACUUGCGGGUCUCGCCGUCGGAGCUACCGUUAUAGUGAAUGUGAUGAUUGCCGGGCCGAUUUCUGGUGGAUCAAUGAGUCCAGCGGGAAGGUUGGGCCCAGCAAUUGUGUCAAGCAAUUACAAAUCUUUGUGGGUAUACAUUCUGGGCCCCACUGCAGGGGCCAUAUCUGGAGCUUGGGUUUAUGAUAUCAUCCGGUUCACAGACAAGCCUUUGCGUGAAGUUUUAAAGAGUGGAUCAUUCCUAAAAGACUCAGCCCCCGUCAACUCUAACUGA